AUGUCUCACCAAUUUCCAUCGUGUUCGCACAUUUUCAAACUUCUGCCCUUGGAAUUAUCGAUAGAAAUUGCAUCGUAUUUAGUGGCUGUGGAUUUGUUUCAUUUAGCUCAAUGUGAUCGAUAUUUAUUGAAAAUGAUCUUUGAUCAAACUCCGGAAAAGCUGAACUUGUUAGAAAGAAAGAGAUUACAAUCCUUGAAACAAUACAAUUCAUCGGAUUUAUAUCGAAAAGAGUUGGAAAAUAAUUAUUCAAAACAAUUUGCAUUGGUUCAACAAAAUAUUUGGAAACGUCUCGUUCACUAUUAUUUUCCAUAUUUUGAUUUAAAUUUAAAUAUUCGAAAUUGGAUGCAAGUGGUGAGACGAAGAGUGAAAAACUUACAAGCCCACAAACCUCACUUGCUGCCAUUACGGAAGCAUCAUGAUUCUGACCAUGCAUAUGGGAACAGAGAAGAUGAUGAUGGACUUACAACAAUUUUACAAGAAGAACCUUUGGAUUGCAAUCCUCAUCGUGAUGAAGCUGAACCUUCUCCCUUCAUUGAAAAUUGUGAACUCGUGUACGAAUGUCCACUAUCCCUUGAGGAUUUGUCAUUUCACAAGAUGAAUCAUCUCGUCUCACCAGCUGCUGCUCGCAACAAUUAUUGUCAAGUCUGCAAGAAAAAUGUUCGAAUGGUUUCCACAAGGGAGGAAUUCAAAAACCUCAUUGGAAAGGAAGAAAAUAUGGUCUUAUGGGUUGAUAAACAUCGUCCACUCACUUUGGACAAGAUGCAAAUUCAUUUGGACGUUUCUAAACAAUUGAAGAAUAUUGUAGCAAGUGGUGAUUUCCCGCACUUGUUGAUAUACGGCCCAUCGGGAGCUGGAAAGAAAACUCGGAUUCAAGCUUUACUUCGUGAAAUUUACGGAAGCAAAAUUGAUAAAGUGAAAUUAGAGAAUAAGGAUGUAGCUGUUGGAUCUGAUGAGUCAAAGACUAUUACAGUGACUGCUCUUUCCAGUGGAUUCCAUGUAGAAUUUACACCAAGUGAUAGUGGAUAUUAUGAUAGAUAUGUGGUUGCAAAUAUGAUUAAAGAAAUAGCAGAAACUGAAUCAAUGGAUUUUCAAGCAUCUUCAUCAUCCUCUGCCACAAAUUUGAAAGUGAUUGUUUUGCAUGAAGUUGACAACAUGACAAGAGAAGCUCAGCAAGCAUUGAGAAGAAUUAUGGAGAAGUAUGCCAAAUCCUGUAGAAUGAUUCUUUGCGCUAAUUCGACAUCUAAAAUAAUUCCUCCAAUCAGAAGUAGAUGUAUGGGAAUUCGUGUUGCAGCUCCUGAGAAUGAGGAAAUUAAGGAAGUGUUGCGAUUUGUUGCCAAGAAGGAAAGCAUCAAACUUAUUGACACGAUUGAAAAUCAAAUUGUGGAAAAAUGUGAUGGUAAUUUGAGACGAGCAAUUUUAAUGCUAGAAAGUGCCAAGGUUGAGAAAUAUCCAUUCACAAAGGAUCAAGAAGUCAAGCUGCCUGGAUGGGAACGAUUUGUAGAAGAUAUUGCUAAAUCCAUUAUUGAAGAACAAUCUCCACAAAAACUUUUGAAGAUAAGAGAUGACUUUUUCCUGUUGCUGACGAACUGUAUAGCACCUGAGACAAUUCUGAAGACACUAUUAAGUAAGCUUUUAGGAUUCAUGGAUGGAGACCAAGCCCACAAAGUUAUUUCAUUGGCUGCUUUGUAUGAACAUCGAAUGAAAUGUGGAAGCAAACCAAUAUUCCACUUGGAAGCCUUCGUUGCAAAGGUGAUGACUCUCUGUCAAAACAUGUUCACCUUUUAA